CCCGUAGACGCAUUCGCUCGUACGCUUCGUCCAAAGAGGACUUUACGAAAUAGAAACGGAGACACACGCUGUCUCAUCUUUUUCGUGUCUGCUCGUCCUUUUCGUCGAGUCGUAAAAUACAAGGAGGCAUUACGGAUAUCGAGGCUGAAGGAGGACAACGUUAGAAGCAUUUUAUUCAUUCGUUUCGAGAAUAAACAUUUCCCACGUUAUUUAGCUCGAUAACGUAGUAAUCGAAUAAAAAGCGAAAGGGUGAGAGAUAGAGAGAAAAGGAAUCAUCAUUUUGAAGUUCCUCCAGGUCCAGCACGACAUCCUCUUUGCCAUUUUGUAGGCAGUGAGGGAAACGCUGCGCUCUCGAAGAAGCAGAAAGUUUCGACGAGUUUCAAACGACUCUUGCAGUUUACUGCUUCGCGAGGGCUGAUAUCUACGUCAGGCCACGCAUUCGACGACACGAAGGGAAAGAAAAAAGGGGCAGACAAAGGGGCAUUCAAAGCUUUCCGAAGAAUAAAAGAGGAGAGAGUUUGAAGAAAGCAAUGGCCGUCGCAGCAGCUCAAAAAAACCGCGAACUCUUCGCUAUUAAAAAGUCUUACAGCAUCGAGAAUGGUUAUCCAGCGCGACGUCGUUCGCUCGUGGACGACGCUCGUUUCGAAACAUUAGUCGUCAAACAGACUAAACAAAGCGUGCUCGAAGAGGCACGGCAACGAGCGAAUGAUACUAGUGCCGAUCCUUUAUCCACUCAAGAGCAACAAGAAGGAAACGAUGAGAUUUACGUGGACGCGUCGAGCGACGAGGAACAAGGCGAGACGCUGAUAUGCGCGAGCAAGGAAGGAGAAGCUAAAGCGGAGGCCUCAUCGGAUAGCGAAGAGAAGCCCGAUGACGAUUACGACGACGAUGCCGGACUUACGGAAGAGGAAGUGGUGCUCGCAAAAGCGAUAGCCGAGAGUCCGGAGAGCGAGCAUGUUGUGCAAAAAGCCGCACUGGUGCUUCGUUUGCGCGAAGGCAUAAGCUCUCUCGCUAGAAUCCUGAAGACCAUUGAGAAUUUCAAGGGUACGGUUACUCAUGUAGAAUCGAGACCGUCGAAAAAGGAAGGUCACCAAUUCGACGUCCUGGUAAAAGUCGACAUGACGAAACAAUGUCUCCUUCAAUUGAUUCGAAAUCUUAGGCAAAGUUCCUCGUUGGACGGCGUGACUUUGCUCAUGGAUAAUUCUGUCAGCGUCAAGGAUCCGUGGUUCCCUCGCCAUGCUUCAGAUCUUGACAAUUGCAAUCAUUUGAUGACAAAGUACGAACCGGAUCUCGACAUGAACCAUCCUGGCUUCGCUGAUAAAGAAUAUCGAGCUCGUAGGAAGGUCAUCGCUGAGAUAGCCUUUGCCUACAAGUACGGCGAUCCUAUUCCCUCCAUCCCAUAUACCGAGGUUGAGAACGAUACUUGGUCUCGUGUCUUCAAUACCGUCGUCGAUUUGGUACCUAAACACGCUUGCGUCGAAUAUCAAAGAGUCUUCAAGAAGCUCCAAGAGGAAAAGAUUUUCGAGAGCCAUCGUAUACCCCAAUUACAGGAAGUCAGUAAUUUCCUGCAAAAGAAUACAGGAUUCACUCUGAGACCAGCCGCUGGACUGCUCACCGCCAGGGAUUUCCUUUCGAGUCUCGCUUUUAGAGUCUUCCAAAGUACGCAAUACGUUCGCCACAUCAACAGCCCGUACCACACGCCUGAACCAGACUGCAUUCACGAGCUGUUAGGACACAUGCCUCUGCUGGCCGACCCAAGUUUCGCUCAAUUCUCCCAAGAGAUCGGUCUGGCCUCGCUCGGUGCCUCUGAUGAGGAAAUCGAAAAACUCUCGACCAUUUACUGGUUCACCGUCGAAUUUGGACUCUGCAUGGAGGGUGGAGAGGUGAAGGCUUACGGAGCAGGUCUUUUGUCUGCUUACGGCGAAUUGCUUCAUGCUCUGAGUGACAAGUGCGAGCAUCGACCUUUCGAGCCAACGACCACAGCCGUUCAAAAGUAUCAGGAUCAGGAGUACCAGCCUAUAUACUUUGUCGCCGAGAGCUUUGAAGAUGCCAAGGAAAAGUUCCGUCGUUGGGUGUCAGCCAUGAGCCGGCCGUUCGAGGUCAGGUUUAAUCCACACACGCAGCGCGUCGAAGUUCUCGAUACGGUCGACAGGUUGGAGGGAGUACUUUCACAGCUGAAUACCGACAUGGCCCAUCUUACCAACGCUAUCGACAAAAUCAAGCGUAACUUUGCCGCGUAUCGAGGGAGCACGAGAUCGCGUACGAAACGUUUUGGGCAAGAUGGAAAGUAUCAAAAUCGUCGCCGGGAUCAACGACGUUAUCGCGAGGUUAUCGGGAACGAUGAGAGCUGCCUCGACUUGUCACCUUUCCUACAAAAUCAAUAUCAGCAGAGGCGUGCCGUUAUGACGCGGAAUGACAUGGCUUCUGUCCGUUUGAAAAAGGAAUGCACGGUUGAUAAUCCGUUUAAAUAUCGGGAGGAUGUUUCGUACUCGGGCCAGAAAUUCCCUAUAGAAUAUGAGGAAGAUAAUGCGCCAACUGAUACGAAUGUAUCGACAAAUUAUUACGAUUUGCCGAGCGACAGGUUCGAUCGAAACGUCGCCGAUGUCACGACUUAUCCUACGUUGCGAGAAAUUAUAGGGGAUAACAAAUUUUUCAUGGACAAGAGGGAAGAGAGAUCGAUCGUUGAUUUUAAAGGAAAGACGACGGUCCGUAAGAGACAAAUACCGGGAAUACGGCUAAUGCACGGUGAUACGAUACCGGAGACGUCGUACAACGAGAGCUCGUACACCAGUUUAGAAGCGGAAGCGGACGACGAAAAUUCUCAAUGCGGAAAUGAAAUUGCGCCGGGGACAAAGUUUUCGAAGGAAGGAGACGUCGAGGAAGCGACGACGACGACGACGACGACGACGACAACGAUUGAAAAUUUCCUACGAGUUUCCUACGAUCGAGCAAAGGACAAUACAAAGUACGUGACGAGUGCACGGAGUAUGACGUCAAAUGCAAUUAGGGGUAUCCGAAGGAAAAAGAGUUCGCUGUGCGAAGUAAAGGUGGCCGUUAUCGGAGCGCCUGGAGUUGGAAAAAGUGCGCUGACGGUGAGGUUCCUAACGAGACGGUAUAUCGGAGAAUACGAUCACCAAUCUGAAAACAGAUACAAGCACGAAGUGCUGGUGGAUGGAGAACCAAUUCUUUUUGAGAUCUUGGACUCUUGUCCGAAGAGCGACGACGAAAUGCCUUCGAUGGAAACUUUGCAGUGGGCGGACGGCCUGCUGCUCGUUUAUUCGAUAACGGAUCGUACUUCUUUCAAUUUCGUGAGAAAAGCAAAAGAAGCUUUGGCAGUGGCUGAUCCGGAGGCUGCGAUGCCUCUUGCCAUGGUUGGAAACAAAGCCGAUAUGGUUCAUCUCAGACAGGUCAGCGCGGAAGAAGGGGAGAUCUUGGCUAAGGACUUUGAAUGUUGGUUCAGCGAAAUUAGCGCGGCAGAACAGGUCGUCCAAGUAGCCGAAUCGUUUCACGAAUUGUGUCGCGAGGUUCUCGCUGCCAGACGAAGAAACAAGCAGUCCUUGCUCGACAGGAUGCUCGGUAGCAAGGCAACGAGAACAUAUUCGAGGGGUAAAAGCGAUUCCGCGUUACCCAAGGAUUAAUAAAUACUUUACCUUUAAUAGGGUAGGAUUUUCUGUCGAUUGCGCAGAAUCGAACAAGCAAGCGAGCGAGCGAGCGAGCGAAAGAGAGAGGUUCCCAGAGAUGAAAGAAGACUCGCGUUGCGUGCGAGUCGAUAAAAAAUCAGGCGCCAAAGAUUGUAUCAUACUGUUAAUAUUUUUUAUCCAAUACCAUUUCUACUACGUAGAACAACUACGUCCUGUACAAGUUUUAAUAACGCACGUUUAUAAAGUAAGUUAUCUUUUGCCAAUGGAUGAAAAACCUCGUGAUUCGUUUUAUUUCGUAGUAACAGUUUGACGGCCAAACAAACAUUUCACUAAAAGUCUAUCGCAAUCGCAGUUUUCGCCGAGUUCUUCGAGCGAAAAAA